UUGAUGCAACUCCAGUUCCCGGAACUCAAGUYUACGCCGCUCCUGAAACGUUUCCAUACCUUAAAUCAUUUUCUCUUCCAGACAUCCAAUCCGCAGCAGUAGUCCAGUACAACGAGAAAAUUUACAUUUUUUCUUUUGGAGUUGCGUUCUUAUGGAGACAAUUAAUGGCAAAUAUCCAGAAUGUAACCUGAGAUGUCUUGAUACUGGUACGUCAUACUCAUUCAUUGUAAACAUUUACCGAAAAAUGAGCGAAAGUGCAUGGCUAAGCUCUAAUAAAUUGCGCAUUUUUUCCGUUGCAUUUUAUGUAAAAAAAAACAGACACAUCACAUUGGUAAUAUGUACUAUGUGCAUAACGGUAUGUUCGUCGUGUGAACACAAAGUGUCUUAUUUUCGGUGUAAUAAAGUAAUAUUUUUAGAUAUCUUAAAACUAGCGUUUUUCUUUCUGAAAAUAACAGAUGGAAGACGUGUCCGUGAAAGAGAACGUCGAAGAGAUGACAUUCAUCAGAUGGGUGAUCACAGACUUAAAAGACUUGUCCUCCUCUGUAUUGAGGACAAAAGUGACAAAAGACCAAACGCCAAGGAGGUUGUGGACUUGCUCCAAAAAUCCAUGAUUUUACAGCAAAGACGGCAGCAGGCUAAACAAGAAAUAAGCUCAAAUCAGGCUCCWGUUUUGAAGAUUGUCACACUUGGGAAACCAAAUACCGGAAAAACGUGUAUCAUUAAACGGUUUGUCGAUAACUACUAUGAGGAAAAUGGGCGAUUAACCAUUGGAAUAGAUUUUUGUCGCAAGAACAUCAUGGUGAGGGACAAAGAGUUCAUUUUAAAUGUUUGGGAUACUGCCGGGCAAGAGAAGUAUUCAAAUCUAUCUCCCAUGUAUUUGCGGGAUGUUGACGGCGUUUUACUUGUUUUUGAUGUAACAAACAAACCAUCCUUUGAAGAGAGCAUUCCUGCAAUGGUUGAGCGUAUUCAGUCACAGUAUAAUAUGUCUGAUAUCAGUGUAAUUUUGGUGGGAAACAAAGUUGAUAAGAACCAGCGMAAAGUAUCUUUCAAAAUGGCAGAGGGACUUGCAGAGAGUCUUGGAAUACCUUACAUUGAAACAAGUGCAAAAACUGGUCAAAAUGUCCAGGAAGUAUUUGAAGAGUUAACUAAACUCAUCUACAUCAAAUUUGACCUGGAUCAACAAAACCAGACCGUCAACGAAACUCACAUCCAUCUUGAGGAGACAACAAAAAAAMCUACCAGAAGACGGUUCAGACUGUGGAUAUCUAGUAACAGAUACGGCACUUCUCGAUUGCUUAACAAUAAAGAACCGGAAAAAUGCGGUUAURUUGUUGAAGUUCAAAACAUGAAAGCAAAUUACAAACUGGACACUGAGAUCGGAGCAGGAAGCUAUGGAAAAGUCUAUAAAGCAACGCUGAACAAAAAACCAGUAGCCGUGAAAUUACUACACGAGUCAUUGUUUCAUGAAAGUAUUAUCGACAAAUUCCGAGAAGAAUGUGAACUUUUACAACGACUCAAUCACAAGAAUGUUGUUAGGCUGAUUCAAUUCGACAUUUCUUGUUCUUCACGGCCUGCACUUAUUACUGAACUAAUGGACUGUGAUUUGGAGAAAUAUAUAAAAGUUCAGACGAAGAAGAUUCCAUUUCCUGAAGUGGUGUCGAUAAUGCUGGAUGUUGCAGAGGGCCUUCGGUAUCUACACUACGAAUGCAAUCCCGCAAUUAUCCAUCGAGAUUUGGCAAGUAAAAAUAUACUUUUAACAAAGAAAAGACAGGCCAAAAUAGCUGAUCUUGGACUCGCUAAAUUCUUUUUACGAAGUGAAAGAAUGUUUGCAUCUCCAGUUCCUGGAACUCAGUUUUAUGCGGCUCCAGAAACGUUUCCAACCUACCCGACCUUCUCAUCCAAUAACGUGGAGUAUAACGAGAAAAUUGACAUUUUUUCCUUUGGAAUUGUUCUUAUGGAGACAAUUAUUGGCAAUAGGAGUAACCUGGAAUCAAUUUUUGAUACGACGGGGCGACGUAUUCCUGAAAACGAGCGUCGAAAAGAUGACAUUCAUCAGAUGGGUGAUCACAGACUUAAAAGACUUGUCCUCCUCUGUAUCAAAGACAAUAGUGAUGACAGACCAACUGCCGAGGAAGUUGUGGCCUGGCUCCAAAAAUCCAUGAUGUCAGUGUUUAGAUGGARGAGGGCAAAACAAGAAAUACGUUCAAACCAGCCUCCAAUUUUGAAGAUUGUCACACUUGGGAAAUCAUCUACCGGAAAGACGUGUAUCAUCAAACGGUUURUCGAUAACUACUAUGAGGGUAAUGAGCGAUCAACCAUUGGAAUCGAUUGUUGUUUCAAGAGCAUCAGUGUGUAUGGAACAGAGUUCCGUUUGAGUGUGUGCGACACCGCUGGUCAAGAGAGGUUUUCAAGUCUAGCUCCCAUAUAUCUACGGGAUACCGACGGAGUUUUGCUUGUCUUUGACGUAACAAACAAACAUUCUUUCCACGUGAGUAUUCCUGCAAUGGUUGAUCUUAUUAAGUCACAGUAUGAUAUGUCUGAUAUCAGUGUAAUUUUGGUGGGAAAUAAAGUUGAUGCAAAGAAACAUCGCAAAGUAUCUUUGGAAAUGGCAGAGGGACUUGCAGAGAAUCUUGGAAURCCUUACAUUGAAACAAGUGCAAAAACUGGUCAAAAUGUCCAGGAAGUAUUUGAAGAGAUAACCAAACUAAUCUACAUCAAAUCGGAUCUGAGGAGCGUAACAAACCAUAAAGACGUCAACGACACUCCCAUCAGGCUUCAUGGAGGCCAUAAAAAAGAACCUACCAAAAAAUGGUGGAAACUGUGUUUUUGUGACUAAUAAGUGUUUAUAACCAGUUUUUUAGAUAGCUUCAUCCGCAAUCUUCUCCUUUCCUCUUUUUCUCCUUUUUGGGAUUCCUGUGGUAACGAGGGAUAUGGACUAGAGGCGAGAAAGAGGAAAAGGAAGGAAAGGAGUAGGCGUCUCCUCUUUGCUGACUUCCUUCCCUCUCCCCCUUGUUUCUAUUUGCUUGCUCCCAGUCUCCUUUUCUUAACAAAGGAAGCCAGAUAUCUUUUAAAAAAGAAAUAAAGGAGAUGGCUGUGGAGGAGGCUAUUAUUUACACUUCUUGCCGAAACGCAUAAUUGUCAUUUAUUAUCAAAAAUUGGAUGACAUGCGCAGUAACAGUCUCUUCUCUAACGGACUUUGAAAGUAUUACCUUCGAGGAAAAUCAUUUUGUGGUGGUUUUGACACACUU